CACCACCAGCACCGUACCCGUCGACAAUGGGCUUCUGACCUUGCCGGAUCCGCUCGUCCCCUCUACCGACUCCGCGUUCGACGGAGGACUCAUCACCGUGUCCUCCGGCGCUACCGCCACGACUACCACCACCACCACCACGAUGCCUACCACGACGACCACGAUGCCUACCACGACGACCACGAUGCCUACCACGACGACCACGAUGCCUACCACGACGACCACGAUGCCUACCACGACGACCACCAUGUCUACCACGAGUACCACGACGACUACCAUGACUACCACGACGGGGACUCCUACAACCAGUAUCCGAAUGACCACAAAGAGCGCCGAUAAGGUUCCUGACGCAUCCACUAGACCUGACACAGACGGCGUCCGCGAUUGCGUGACGAAUGGAGAAACCGCUUCUUCCUGUAUGGGCUUGGUUCGAGCU